AGAAUAACAAAUACGCACUGGCAGACGAAUGCGAAAGUGAACUUCUACGUUUUACUUUUAUGCAUUGUCAAUUAUUGCAUCAAUCAUCUGGAUUUUUCGAAACGACUACCAAUGCCAUCCAUGGACAGAACAUCCAGUGGAGCUGUAUUAUCUCCACUUGUCUUGAAUGUUGCAUUGAUUUUUCAGCUUACUUAAGAUAUUGGCGUACUCCACGAUAAUAGCAACAAAAUACGAGUGGAGUAAACCAUCACAUUUUUCAAAUUGGACCGUAUUUCGUUGUAUUUUAAAUGUUCAAAACGAAUCUAGCUAUCAGGCUAUCAGUAGUGAGUGUACUUGGCAUGGAAGACAGGCAUUUAUUUCAGUAACAGUUGUCUUUGGAGACAAAUACAUUACUAGCUAUUGCUAGGACAGUUUAGGGAAUUUAUUGUUAGCAACUGUCGUUCCUGAUAAGAAAAGUUAUAACUGAAAACACCAAAAAUUUAUUAUUCGUCAAACUAGUGUUUUUUAGUCCAGUGCUUAUAUUCAAAUCAACUUAUUUCCAAAUUCUAACUCAAACAACUGAACAAGCUGAAUGUAAGGUCGAAUGUAGCCGGUGUUUCGGAAAAUUUUGAAAUUCUAUUCGAACGGAAUACUGAAAAUAUCAAAAUGGAAACCGAUUUGGAAGAGCCAGAACCGUCCACAUCGAGUCAACUACCACAAACUCCGGACAGUGACGUAAAUGUUGACAAAGAACUGAAUAAACUGUUGACGGUCGAAGAUUUUCUGCUCAAGUCAAAAACGUACAUGUUAGACUACGAAAAGCAUAUGUUUUUGGAUACGAUCGACUCAGAUUGCUUGGUGGUCACCGCUAGAGGCAUUGGAUAUGAACGUGUCGUACUGAAUUUACUAAAAGUUUAUUGUGAUCCGGCGAAUCUAAUCAUGGUCAUAAACAGUGCCGACUACGAAGAAAAGUACUACCGUAGUCAAAUCGAAGCCAAAUACGUACACGAAUCGUCCACCAAUAGUAAUGAAAGAGAACUCACUUAUCUCAUGGGUGGGAUUCAUUUCAUUUCCACACGAAUAUUGGUGGUUGAUUUGCUGAAGAAAAGAAUCCCAAUGGAGCUAAUCACCGGAAUCAUCGUUUUGCGUGCUCAUCAAAUCAUUGAAUCAUGCCAAGAGGCAUUUGCACUACGUCUUUAUCGCCAGAGCAAUAAGACGGGUUUUAUCAAGGCAUUCACUAACAAUGCCGAAGCAUUCACUUACGGCUAUGGUCAUAUUGAGAAAGUGAUGCGAAAUCUAUUCGUUACAGAAUUAUUCAUUUGGCCACGGUUUCAUGCAUUGACUCGGAAAGCACUGAAGGCCUUUGAACCAACUGUGGUCGAGCUGCACAUUCCAAUGACAGAGAAAAUGAUUUCGAUUCAAACCAAUCUCCUCGAUAUUAUGAAUUUUUUGGUAAAGGAAGUCAAGAGAAUCAAUCGUUUCGUUGACAUGCAAGAAAUCACUGUGGAAAAUUGUGUAACAAAACGGUUCCACAAGAUUUUACAAGCCCAACUCGAUUCGGUAUGGCAUCAACUCAACUCACAAACGAAACUUCUGAUAUCGGACUUGAAAGUACUUCGAAGUUUAAUGAUCUCCACAAUUUACAAUGAUGCAGUGUCUCUCUUCGUUACAAUGAAACGGUAUCGAAGUCAAGAGUAUGCAAUGAACAACUCCGGAUGGGUUUUAUUGGACACGGCUGAGCAAAUAUUCAAAACUACUCGUGAACGGGUCUACAAUUCAAAAGAUGAAUUCGAGCCAGAGAACUGUCCAAAAUGGGAAACGCUGUCUGAAAUAUUGCGUGUCGAAAUUCCUAAUGAUGCUAAAGCAGCUAUCGAUUCGGGACGUCGACCAGCUACGAAACCGAUUAUUGUACUUAUUUUGUGUCAAGAUUCACGCACAUGUUACCAAUUGAAUCAGUAUUUAACUCAAGGUGCCGAAAAGUAUUUACUAUUUACGGCCAUGAAGAAUGAUAUUCCAAUCAAAAAGCUAUCCGAAGCUUACAAGAGUGUCAAAGAAAGUGAUAUCAAUAGUAUUCGUUUGCAUGGUAGUAAUUUGCAGAAUGAAACGAUCAAGCCAACUACAAAUGUUGCUGCUUCAACGAGCACCAAGCGAAAGGCUACAUCAGAUGUAAAUACGGAAGAUGCAAACCAGACACUGAAUGAAACCAAGCCGGAGAAAAAAGGAUUUCUGCGCGAUCGAAUUGCCAAGCGAAAAGAGGCCGAAACGAAUGAGUUUGGCGAGGAGGACGAAGGAAAUAAGGCGGUGAAUGAACUCGAUGAACUUGCAACCGAAGACAUAUCCGAGUUUUCACUCUAUCGGGAGUCAUACUUGCUCACUGUAACGGAGAAUAGUUCGGCUGCAGUUGAAGUCGCCGCAAAAAACGAUUCUUUCGAUAUCACUCAAAUGACGAACGGUACAUUCGAAUCAUUUGCUGAGCUUGAGAGUCUCGAUAUCAGCCAAAUCAUUCAGCACCAGCGCAAGCCGAUUGUGUGCAUUCAAACGUUCAAAACGGGUGAAGAUGGUCCCUUGUCGCUAGAUCGAACGCUCAAUGAAAUCGACCCAAGCUAUGUGAUUAUGUACCAUUGUAAUGUGACAGCCAUUCGACAAAUUGAGGUCUAUGAAGCGCGAAAACGUCGUGUGCAAAGCCAACGACUAAAAGUUUUCUUCAUGGUGCAUGCACAGACCGUUGAAGAACAAUCCUAUCUUACAUCAUUGCGACGUGAAAAACAAGCGUUCGAAUUGAUUAUUGAUACGAAAAAAAAAAUGGUGGUGCCGGAGCAUCAAGAUGGCAAAACAGAUGAUUCGAUGAUAGCCUUCCAGAAGGUCACAGACGUUGUGGCGAACACACGUCAAGCCGGUGGCCAACAGCUAACCAACGAAGAAGGUACAAUCAUUCCCCGGAUAAUCGUCGAUAUGCGAGAAUUUCGAUCCGAUUUACCGUGUUUGAUUCAUCGUCGUGGCAUUCAAGUGGUCCCAGUAACGAUAACAAUCGGCGAUUACAUUUUAACGCCGGACAUUUGCGUCGAAAGAAAGUCGAUAUCCGAUUUGAUUGGCUCAUUGAACUCAGGUCGUCUCUACACACAAUGCAUUCAAAUGACUCGUUUUUACAAGAAGGCAAUUUUACUGAUUGAAUUCGAUCAAAAUAAACCGUUCCAUCUCCAGGGUCACUAUAUGAUUUCUGGCGAAUCAUCGACAUCGAAUAUAGAUAUUACACAAAAGCUGCAGUUGCUUACGAUUCAUUUUCCAAGAUUGCGAUUGGUAUGGUCGCCCAGUCCAUAUGCGACAGCUCAAUUAUUCGGCGAAUUGAAGCAGGGCAAACUUGAGCCAGAUGCAGUGCAAGCAGCUGCUCUUGGUUCAGAUGAGAAUUCAAAAGAGUUGGAUAGUAUUGCGGAUCGAAUGAAUACAAAUAUCUACGAUUUUCUACUCAAACUGCCUGGAAUCACCACUCGAAACAUCGCAAAGGUCAUGAUGAAAGUGAAAAAUUUAAAAGAGCUCAUCAAAAUGAAUUUGGAACAACUAACUGAAGUUCUGGGCAGUGAAGGAAAUGCAAAGAUGCUAUGGGAGAUUAUUCACAUCGCCCACAGGCCAGUCGAAGCCGAAUCAAACGAGAAACAAUUCAUGUCGAAGUUCAAAAGAGGCAAAGGAAAGCGAUUCUAAGCAAAGAAAAAGAUCAAUUGCAUGCCAAUGUUUUGGCUGCAAAUAUUUAAAGGCUUAUGAUUCGAAAGGUAGGAAAUUGGGUACCAUCGUUAACAUCAACAACCACAAUAAAAAGUGGUAAAAGUGAAAAUUAAAUCUUCACAUGUGAGAAGGAAUGUAAACGAGUUAGUUCUCUGAAUAUGUGUGUGCGUAGAUUUUUUUUCUUUUCUAAUGUUAAAAAAUAAAUAAAAACAAAAAUUGUGAAUGUAAA